CCAAUGACACAACACGGCUGCUUACACCCAAUUUCUCCCCCCUCAUAAUCUCGACAACCUUGAAGAGCAGAGAUAAGAGUCCGUCUGUACAUAUACACGGAUCUUAUCUUUGGUGUUCCCAUAAGAGCAGAGGAACAAGCAGAAUAAGAUUGCAGUGAAAGAAGCAGAGAUAUAUUCACAUUGAAGGUCAUAGCCUCAUCCUCUUUGCUUUCCCUCCACAGCCACCAUCGCCGCCAUGCUGCAACGACUCGCCAUCCCCGCUGCCAAACUGCUUCGCAGCAAAAGCCACAUCGUUCCUGGCCAGCUCCUCGUCACUGAGCACUUCUUCCAGGUUCCCCUAGACUACGCCAAUCCAUCCGCAGGAUCCAUCACCCUCUUCGGCCGCAGCGCAACCAAGCAUGAGGUCCCCAUCUUCCCUCCCGACGAGCUUCCCUCUCCCAAGCCCUGGAUCGUCUAUCUCGAGGGCGGCCCGGGCUUUGGAAACAGGGAACCUCAGGACCACCCCCUGACGCGCACUGCCCUGUCUCGCGGCUACCAGGUGCUGUAUCUGGACCAUCGAGGUGUUGGUUUGAGCACUCCUGUUUCUACCGAGAUGCUCGCCCGGCUACCUGGCGGAAAUGGACCCAAUGCUGUCGAGAUUCAGACCAAAUACCUGAAGCUCAUGCGCCAGGACAACACCGUGCGUGAUUGUGAGGCUGUCCGCAAGCUCCUAACCGACGGCUUGCCUGAGCACAAGGCCCGGUGGUCCAUCUUUGGCCAGUCAUACGGUGGCUUCAUCUCCAUCUCCUACCUGUCUCUCCACCCCGAGGGCCUGCGCGAGGUCUUCCUGACCGGUGGCUUGGCUCCCGUUGGCAAAACCGCCGACCAAGUCUACCAGGCGACGUUCCAGAGGACCAUUGAGCGCAACGCAGCCUACUACCAAAAGUUCCCGGAUGAUGCCGAGACCCUGCGCCAGAUCGCUACGCACAUUGAAAAGGAGGGCGGCAAGCAGGGCCUUCCCCUGCCUGGAGGAGGCUUCUUGACGGUGCCCCGUCUGUUGACCAUUGGCAUUGCCUUUGGCGGCCAUGGCGGCGUCGAUCAGGUACAUACCAUACUCCUUCAGCUCAAGGCCUCUCUUGACCAGUUUGGCUUCCUCACGCGGGCUUCUCUUGCUCCCCUCGAGACAUUCACUGCCUUUGACACAAACAUCAUCUACGCCAUCCUCCACGAGGCCAUCUACUGCGACGGUCCCGGCAGCGUCUCCAACUGGUCUGCCCACCGCGUCGGCCAAUCCCUCCCGCAGUUCUCUUGGCUCAGCAGAGACAACGUUUCCAGCACCUCGUCCACUGCGCCCGGCCAGCCGCUCCUCUUCUCGGGAGAGAUGAUCUUCCCUUUCCACUUCGACACUUAUCCGGAACUCAUUCCCCUGCGGGCUGUUGCCGAGCGACUUGCCACUGCCUCUGACUGGCCAGCACUCUACGAUAUCGAGCAGCUGCGCAAGAAUGAAGUCCCCGUCUAUGCGGCGUCGUACAUCCCCGACAUGUAUGUCGACUACGAGUUUGCCAAGGACACGGCGAAUCUGAUCAAGAACGUAAAGACGUUUGAGACAAACGUCAUGUAUCACAACGCCGUGCGGGCAAAGGCGGAGGAAGUAAUGCAGAACCUGUUUACCUUGCGAGAUGAUGUAAUAGAUUGAUCUUCUCAAUCAAAAAAGGGAGAAAAGGGAAAUCUGGAUAGAUGGUACAAAGGUCCAAGCCUUGGCAUAAACCGACGUCGCUUUUCCUGAUAAUAUAUCGUAGUCUUUGAAUCUCACUCUAUUUUUUUUGUG